AUGUGGACAAAGACGAAUAAAUCUGUCGAGCCGUCUCUGUUCGUUGAUCCCUCUACGGGGGCAGGCCAUCUGGAGGUUGGCGGUUAUUUCAAGUAUCAUCAUUUGGCCACUCGACUUUCAGAAGUACCAUCAGCUGCGUCCACCUCAUCCUCGACCGGUAGUUGUGUGUCGUGGAAAGCGAACAGUGCUCGACGAAAACGCUUUGGUGAGUGUUAA